UUUUCCACUAUUUCCAGGUCAGUUUUAUCUUUAAGUGGUGUUUUUAUGUGUAGCAGGUUUAGCUGCCGCAGAUUUUAAGUAAGUAAGAGGUUUGUUCGUCUUUCUGGAGACAAGAAUCCGGUUUGUGAGGAAGUUAAACCUCAGCGUGUACAACUACAGGUCCCACAAUGCACCGCGGCCCGACAGUUCAAAUCAGAACUUAAACGGCUAAUGCAGCAGGCGUGUGUUAGCAGUCCGACGACACUUCGCAAUAUCGGGACAUUUGGCUCGGUUUGAGAGUUUCUGGCUCUGUAAGACUCUUAUGCUGGUACCGACCCGGUCAGACUGGACUCUGCCGGGCGGACUCUCCCGUUUGGACCAUGACUCCGCCGGUUCUUGUCAGUUAGCGCUGCUGUGCUAAGCUAACUCGUUGCUAGCUGGUGACUUUCAGACUUGUAUUUGUCCUCUGCUUCAAACAUGAAUUAACUUCUCUCGGUUUAUCACGGGGAUGCGUUGUUCGCUGUUUUGACCGACAGUCUUAAACUAGUCCCGGAUCUCCACGGAACCAUGACCCUGGCCCCGAAGGAGCUGUCCAACCUGCUGAGCAUCAUCUCGGAGGAGGCUUGCACCAACACCUUCGAGAGCCUCUCCACACACUUCCACCACUACUUCGGGAAGGCGGAGCACUUCAGGGUGGGUUCGGUUCUGGUCAUGCUGCUCCAGCAGCCGGACCUGCUGCCCAGCUCCCCGCAGCGGCUCACGGCUCUCUACCUGCUCUGGGAGAUGUACCGCACCGAGCCGCUGGCCGCGAACCCGUUCGCCGCCGUGUUCGCCCACCUGCUGAACCCCGCACCUGCGGGGGAGGAGCCGGAGAAGCUGCUGUCAGGCUUCCUGCCUCCCAUCACCCAGCCCGAGAAGUUCUUCCUGUCCCAGCUGAUGUUGGCGCCGCCCAGGGAUCUGUUCAAGAAGACGCCCCGACAGGUGUCCUGCAUGGACGCCGGCAACAUGCCCCAGUCCAUCGACAUCAGUGGGCUGCAGCUCGCCUUAGCAGAGCGUCAGUCAGAGCUGCCCACGCAGAGUAAAGCCAGCUUCCCCAGCAUCCUCAACGACCCCGAUCCGGACUCGUCCAACUCGGGAUUCGACAGCUCAGUGGCGAAUCAGAUCAUAGAGUCUCUGGUCACGGGGCCCCGCCCUCCGCUGGAGAGUGAGUGUGUUUUGACGCCAUUGUUGUUUUUAAAUGUGUAGAAAACGGAACCAAGUCGUAUGUCGUGUCCAGCGCAGGAA